AUGAGCGUUGGUAAGGAAGACAAGGUGAUCGGCGUCCACUGCACCCACGGCAUCAAUCGCAGCGGCUACCUGGUCUGUAGGUACAUGAUACAAGUGUUGGGCAUCCCCCCUGACCAGGCCAUAGCAGACUUCAACAGUGCGCGGGGCCACGAACAGGAGCGCGAGAACUACUUGGCCGACCUCCGCCAGGCACCUUGGAUGGAUGAGGCAGUGGUCAGGUUUUCCAGGAGCAACUCAAAGGCCAGCAAUGCCUCCGAGUACUCCACUAAUCCCCUAGACGCCUCCACAGCCUCCUCCCUGGACACCACCCUCAACAGCACCCUGGACACCACCAACAACACCUCCCUGGACACCACCGCUAGUGAAGUGGAGUCCCCCGGCGGUUCCAUGGGUGUCGCCAGUGGACGGUCCUGGAAUAUUCCUCUUAUGAAGUAUCCGUAAGUUCAUGUGUUGUUUCUGUUGCUUCCUCGCUUCUUUGCCUCUGCGCUGUAGGUUAAUGCUUUACUCCAUUGCUUACUUGACGGCCUAGCAAAUUAUCUAAUCCUCGUACUGAUGAUUUGAACUCUAUACCUGAUUUUUUUUUCCCUAUAUAAGAGAGGCUCUGGCGAUGGGCAACAAUAAAGCCUGGUAAAAGUCGGCUGAUGAUGCCAGUCACUACUGCGUGCAGUCGUAAACCUUCCUUCUUCAAACGUUUGUAGUCAAAGUUAAGAGGAAAUAUAGAAGCAAGCAGGGAGCUCCAGAAUUUACAAAUAAUAGAUGAAUGAUUGAUAGCACUGACAAAUAAUAGAUGAAUGAUUGAUAGCACUGGAUAAUUCUUGCACUAGGAGGAAGUAUAGAAGUAGGCAGUGAGUUCCAGAAUUUCAAGUAAAAGAGAUGAAUGAUUGAGAUCACUGGAUAACUCUUGCGCUAGGAGGAAAUAUAGAAGCAGGCAGGGAGUUCCAGAAUUUACAAAUAAGAGAUGAAUGAUUGAGAACAGUGGAUAACUCUUGCACUAGAAGGAAGUAUAGAAAUUGGCAGUGAGUUCCAGAGUUUACAAAUAAGAUAAAGGUGGACAAAUAGGAAGGAGAGAAAAUAGCCAUGUGGAGUGCGGACGCGGGAGGAAUGGAGGUGAAUAUGUGUGGUACUUAUUACUUCACUUAAGUAAUCCUAGUUGAUGUUACUGAGGAAAAAUGUAAAACUACCGAUAGUGUAAGGUUGAAUCUAGUGAGUCGCUCCUUUUGCUGCCAGGAGUGUUUAGGAAGGACAUUCUUCCCUUGCAUCUGCUUGUUCUGUUCAGCGCGAAGAGAAGCCACAGCAGUCAAGAGGUGGAGAGGUCUCUGUUAAGAAGUGUGGAAGUUAGUUAUUGUAAUUGAACAAAAAUGGGUGAGGUGGUGUCCGGCAGAGUGGAGUGAGGCGUUUGUGGUUCUAUCAGUCUUGUUGACAAUGUAACUUCAUCCUGAGGCGCAUUUGAUAUCCAAGCCUUUCAUGACAGACGAGAUGCCUUUUCAUUUAUUUAUUUUAUUUUUCUUUGCGCCAGCGUUUGAUUUCUGUUAGGAGUUACGUUGCUGCAUUUCUUUUUUCUGUAAUGAAAUUAACUUUUUAGAUUUUGCUUUUCUUUAAUAAGAUUUGACUUUGCUAUGACGGCAACGCACAACAAGCAGGUGGAGCAAGCGCGCGCGGGCACACACACACAAAAAAGAUAGAAAAAAAAGAUAAACAGGCAAGUUACCACGUUUAGCUGAGACAUGACUGUGACGGACGCUUGCGACAGGUGCCAGAGCUGGAGGAUAUCACUGUACGUCACUCACUGAUGGUCGUGGCCGCGCCUCGCCUGGGCCUCGGGGGAUGUACGGUUAAGAAAACUUGAACCUGAUGAAAACAUAAAACAGUGUCUUGGAGAUCUUUACCUGAGGAUUUAACACUUUUUACCCCCUAGAGUACAAUGUCGCGUUUUCAUAUUCAUUCUGCUUACUGUUUGGUGAUUUUAUGCAUCUUCAGAAACUUACGUCAGGGAUUGAAAUAGU